CACCAUUGUUGAUCCGUGCAAAGAUCAGCCCUAGCGUCCACUUAAAUCUUUUCUCCAACGUUCCCUGUACAGCCAGCACACAGCAACACUGCGUUAUCAUCGUCUCCCAAAGUCUCUGCCCUACGCAGAGCACUCAAUGGACCGGUUUUUCAUUCAUGCGGCAGCGAAUGUAGUCUCUCGCAUGAAUGAGAAAAGAGGGAAGUGGUAUUAUUGCGAAAGCUCUGGAGAUCUCAAACGAACUACACCAGCUUCUGUGAUACCUAGACAAAACUGUUCUUGGACAAGUAUCGUUCCCGAUUGCAACGCUGGCUAUCAAUAAAUCUUGCCAUGGAGUCCCAAGGUGGCAACAUUGCAGCGUGUCCCUUCUGCAUCUUUUCUGACCCGGAUGCUAAUUUUGUGGCGGAACACGUGGAAUUCUGUCAUCCCGAAGACACAGUCGGGUCUCUAGACGACCAUUGCACUUCUGCUGAAAAUAUGCGCGAGACGACGUCUGUCAAUGUUGGCUCCUCUCUAGAUUACCAUCAGGGACUUGGUGGACGAUACGUUGAAUGCUCCCAUGGCUGUGGGGAACUAGUGCCCGAUGCGGAACUCUAUACUCACCUUGAUUUGCAUUUCUCAGAAAGCGUUGCAAUUGAAGAUACCGAACCAACGGAAACUGGGACGAGUGAUUUAGGACAAGGUACUCAACCACCAGACGUGCCUCUAGCUGACGAGAAUACCCUGGACCAAUAUGCAUAUCUGGAAGACCAGCAAAACCUAAAGCAGAGGUCUUCACCUGGAGUAUCAAAGAAAGCGAGUACAGGACGUGGUCACCUUCUGGAUACACCACAAUCCAGCGAUUUCUCAAGAGGGAGCGCAAAACGACUCGGGCGCGCAGAAUUGGGGCCUUAUGCUCAUGAGAAGCGGAUGCCGGCGUGGUUGAAAAAAUUGCUGGAAAGGGGCGCCGAUUCUGUCCAGACGAGCCAAAUCUCUCCUGAUGGUAGAUUACUAAGGCGUGAUAUGGUUGAGAAUGAAGUUGCAAAUGUGAUCCCUACUCUUGCUCGGCUAUGCGAGCAAGAUAAAUCGGUUCAGCGCGCUUUCUUCUGUGGCCCUGAAGUUAACCAGAUAUUCAAGUUACCAAGGGAAGGCGGGUUUUGCGGCUAUAGGAACAUCCAGAUGCUUAUCUCAUAUAUCAAAAAGACACGAAUCCAGGGGCAUGAGCGUUUCCCGGGUAGAAUGCCUACAAUCCUCCAACUACAGGAUAUGAUCGAACAGGCGUGGGACAUGGGAAUUAAUAGUUCUGGGAGAGUUGAGACGGGUGGGAUCCGUGGCACAAGGAAAUAUAUUGGCACCCCUGAGGUGAGUAUAGUUUUGGGUAUAUUUGCUUCACGCAUUUCUAACCCUGUAAAGGCUCAGGCGCUCUUUCUCUAUGCUGGAGUCCCAUGUGAAGCCGGUAGUUUCACCCAAACGAAAGAGUUGCGCGCUCACGAUGCUCUCUACAUGAAUGUGGCUGCUUAUUUUCGUCAAGAAUCCUCCUUGGAUGACAAGAAGAAAAUUGUUGUGACAAGCCUUCCUCCGAUAUACCUUCAACAUCAAGGGCACUCUUUAACCAUCAUUGGGUUUGAAAUCCGGGAUAAUGGCUGUGCAAACCUACUUGUCUUUGACCCGAUGUUCAAGACAACACCUGCAAUCAAACGACUUCUUGAAGCGACUACAAGAUCCGCAGACCCUGCACGUCUCCUGAAAGCAUACAGACGGGGCACGGCUUACUUUCAGAAAUACAAAGUUUUCGAGGUCUUAAAAUUGACGGCUUCCAGAUCUUCAGUCGAGAGAUGAAUGGUAUGGGCCAACUCCCUGGUAUUCUAAUGUCACUAGAGAAUCAAGAAAAUCAAUGCCAGUUUAUCACCUGGAUAAAAUAUAGUAAUAUCCUUUGUUUGCCA